CAUCAAGACCUGAUGUUUGAUUUAAGCAAUGCCUUAAUUUUUUUGAGCAGUUUAUAUCACAAAAUACAAUGUUCCUUUACUAAGCUAGCUAGCUAGAGUAGUAACAUUAUCAGAAUGAACACAUUUUAUUGAAGCAUUAACUAUCUUGUUCUGCCCAGGGUCAGUAUAAUAUCUAUCGUCAGCUUAGCUGCACUAUAUGCUCUUCCAUCACACAUCAAUGUUACACUCUUGUGCUUGGGUGAACAAGACAAGUGGUUGAAGGUGAUGUGGAUGAUGACUGGAUGGUAGACGAAGCCUAUCAAGCCAAUGCCCUAGGAAUUUCUUAAAUGUACUCUUGAAAGCCAAGUUUGAUUUAGAGUUAAGCCCGACAAGUCAUACAUUUAGGUGGAAAUAUCUGGGAAGAGAAAUGGAAUGAUCCAAACCUACACGGCCCUGUGUAUCACUGUCAGUAGGGCGUGGCACUUUCAUCACCAGGGUUUGGGGUUUUGGUCCCAUGGGGUUCAGUACCAAACAUGUAUGCACUCACUACUUACUGUACUAGCUAUGAAUAAUGGCAUCUGCUAAAAGAUGGAAAAGGAAUGUGAAUUUCUAUGUGAGUGUACACAUUGUGCAAAUAAUCCUGAAUCACUCAUUGUUAAGCCUACUUCUAAACAAAAUACCUUUUGGCAUUAAGUCUAAUAAGAUAAGGGUGCAAUGUUGUUUGGUUCAUUGUUGGAACAGUUCAUGGGGAAUAUCUCAGAAUAUACUCAGAAUAUACUCUGAAUAAUUUGGUAGAGAACAUUUUUUAAACAUUACCUUAAAACACCAACUGGAGAUGUCUUCUGGUCGUUUAUGCUUGUAUCUAUGCAAAUAGUACAGGAAAAAAAUGUAAUAUGGCCCCUUUAACCACUGACUUCCCUUGUUUUGUGGCUGAAGCCGAUGCCGAGUUGUGCAAUUUGCCUAGUUGACAAAACAUUUGUUAAAUAAAAGUACUGUAUAUAUUGAAGGACCUGCCUGAAGGACAGCAGUUUCACAAGUCAAACGUUAGUACAGAAAACGGAGGCCUUCGGUUGCCUGAGACGCACCAGGAGAAAACAGAGCAGAAUAUAACCCAGAGAGAGGGCAGACGACUCACGCAGGACUGACGUGGAGGAUUGGGGUCACAGCGAUUGGGAGAAGCGACGCGAGAGCCAUGAGGGAGGAAGGUGGGGAGGACUGGCUGCAUUUACCCAUCAUCCCCGGAAACCAUCUCCACUAAUACGUCGGUCCCCAUUCCUCCUCUGCAAGCUUCCUCACGGGGUUGACCACUGAUAUGACCCCCGGCCCUUCUGGCAACAGGAAGUCCAGCUCCAGGCUCUGUGUUGGUGUCCCACCAUAUCCUGGUAGAGCCCUGCCCCAACGCCAGUCCUAAAGCUUGGGAUAAACCGACAGAAGACCAACGGACAGCUUCUGGAACACCAGAAGAAUGAAAUAUUCCUGAGUCAAUCCUGCUUUGUGGUUCUCAUUUCUUUCUGUGUGCUCUGAGUAGAAAGUGAGGCUCUCUCUUCCCAUCAAGCCCUUGUGGCCGUAAAGAUUCAGACAUUAUCCUAUAUCCCUGCACGGACAUUCAUCCUUCUCUUCGUUCGCAGAGCCUCUUAUCUCUGCUCCUUUGGCCGGUUUGACCCCAAACAUCCCUUUUCGCCGAACGGCACGUUCUCUUCUGCGAUCACCACGUUUUCCUCAGUGUUCGCCGCGUGGCAGACGACCAUGGGUUGCCGGCAGAGUUCGGAGGAGAAGGAGGCAGCUCGGCGCUCCCGGCGUAUCGACCGCCACUUGCGCUCCGAAAGCCAGCGGCAGCGCCGUGAGAUCAAGCUGCUCCUGCUGGGUACCAGCAACUCUGGCAAGAGCACCAUUGUCAAGCAGAUGAAGAUCAUCCACAGCGGAGGCUUCAAUCUGGACGCCUGCAAGGAAUACAAGCCCCUCAUCCUUUACAAUGCCAUCGACUCACUCACGCGCAUCAUCAGAGCCCUUGCCGCGCUCAAGAUCGAUUUCCACAACCCGGACCGGGCCUAUGACGCCGUGCAGCUCUUCGCCCUGACCGGGCCGGCCGAGAGCAAAGGGGAGAUCACGGCAGAACUGCAGGGGGUCAUGAAGCGCCUAUGGGCCGACUCUGGGGUGCAGGAGUGCUUCUGCCGCUCCAACGAGUACCACCUGGAGGACAACACGGCCUACUACCUGAACGACCUGGACCGCAUCUCCUCCGCUGACUACAUCCCCACCGUGGAGGACAUCCUCCGCUCCCGCGACAUGACCACGGGCAUCGUGGAGAACAAGUUCACCUUCAAGGAGCUCACCUUCAAGAUGGUGGACGUGGGGGGGCAGCGCUCGGAGAGGAAGAAGUGGAUCCACUGCUUCGAGGGCGUGACCGCCAUCAUUUUCUGCGUGGAGCUAAGUGGCUAUGACCUCAAGCUCUACGAGGACAAUCAGACGAGUCGUAUGGCGGAGAGCCUGCGUCUUUUUGACUCCAUCUGCAACAACAACUGGUUCACCAACACCUCCCUCAUCCUCUUUCUCAAUAAGAAGGACCUGUUGGCUGAGAAGAUCAAGCGCAUUCCGCUGACCGUGUGCUUCGCCGACUACAGAGGUCAGAACACCUAUGAGGAGGCGGCAGUCUAUGUGCAGCGGCAGUUCGAGGACCUGAACCGCAACAAGGAGACCAAGGAGAUCUACUCACACUUCACCUGCGCCACAGACACCAGCAACAUCCAGUUUGUGUUUGACGCCGUCACGGACGUGAUCAUCCAGAACAAUCUCAAGUACAUCGGGCUGUGCUAGGACUGGGGGUAGGGUGGGGAGGGGAGAACGGGCUGCGCGGCAGCAGAAGACCGGUUCGUUACCAGGCCCGGUAUACCCAAGACCCGCCUGUCUGUCUCUUUCAAGAGGGGAAGGAAGGUGAAGACUACAAGGCGGAGUGAGGGCUUUUGGGAUUGUUAGGGACCGGCUAUAGGUUCAACUGAUCUGCUUCAAAUAUUAAAGUUGAGGGUCAAAGGUCGAGAUGGGAUUUCCCCAAGGUCAGCAUAAAUGUGUUUGCACUGAAUAUAUGAGUAUGUAGAGACACACACAAACACGCAUACCCACACAUUCUUAUGUUUGCUCACACACAAGAACUUGGGAUCAACUGUCAAGCACUUGUUUGACAUGGAAACACUGGAAAACGAAGACGGCUACCCCAAACCCUCUGCCUGCCAAACCUGGGAUUGAGCAGGAGUUCUUUACUGGCAGUUUCAAAAUUAAGUUUGUCUUUUUGGGUUGUUUGAUUUGCCUGAGUCAAUUAAUGCUGCUUUAUGAGAAGAAUUAAAACAAGUCAAGUUGGUUUACCUGGGUGGUUAUAGGGAGAUAAUUAGUCACACGGGGGUCCUGGGAAGUGCUUUGGAGGACAGGACUUAUGUUACAGGGUUUCCGUCCAAUGAAGAAAACUGCCACAUUCAAAAGCUGAAGAUAAGGGUCUUUUUCUACAAACACUGUAUCUAUUUUUUUUAGGGCUGAAUAGCUCUUAAAGAUUAUCUGUUUGUUAUUUCUUUUCUUAUUAUUAUUUUUCUUCUUUUAAAUUUUUUUGAUUUUUAAAAUGAGUGUGUUUGUGAAACCUGACUUUUAUAGCAGGUCUCUGACACCAGGAGUGUUACACUCUAUAGUCCAUAGAUUCCAAUUCCAUUAAAACAGUGCCAAUUUUAGUGUAAAUAAAAACAGAUCCCAUCAAUAAUGUUACCUUUUUGGUUUUUAUUGAUAGAAACAUUUAAACAUGCAUGAUUUUGUUACUUUGGGAUAUUGAUACAUUCUUUCUUUUUUUCUGUUCUUUUAGAUUUAACUAAUAUAUUUCCCAAAAUAUAUAGAAAAGUCAAACACUGUGUACAAUUGUACAGCUGUUGUCUAAGAGGAAUUUAUUGAAAGAUUUCUAUAAAUUGAGAUUAUGACAAAGAUGAUGAUAAUGAUGACAAAGGUGGUGGUGAUGAUGAUGACACCAAUGACAAGCUCUUUGCAAACCCAACAUGAAAAUAUAAAGUGGGUCGGGGGAGGAUUAUAGGAAAUAAAAGUUUGAAGGCCGCAAAAAACAAUAUGAGAAGAAAAAAAAAUGAGUUUAAUCCUCCUUUCUUUAUCUACGUGGAAAUUGUUAUAAAGUGGGUAUGAUGUGUAAAUAUACUGUACGGUUCACUCUUUGUUCAAACAAAUAAUGAAUAAAUGGUUGAGUUGGAAUACUGCUAGUGAAAGAGAGAGAGGAAGAGAAAGGAAGCCCUAUUCUACUUCUCUUUUCCAAACCUCGCCUUUUCAGAGAAAGAGGAUGAUGUGCAAACAGCUUAACUAAGGACUUUACUUGACAGGAUGUUCACUUCAACAAAAAACUACCAAUUUAGCAGAACUAUAAAAAGAACAGUAAUAACAAAUAAAAAUAAUUAUGCAAAUUCUGGUU